CUAUUCUCUCCCCUCUCUUCGAACACUUCCUUGAUUUGUUCUAUAAAUCCGCCAGCUCUUGUGUGUUUUGAGCAUUCACUGGGAUCGUCUCACGGUCAUGGAUCGCUUCCUUCCUCUCCUCUCCGUUCUUGCGCUUGCAGUUGGAGCAACCCAUGCAGCCUCGCCUUCUGAGCUCUACUGGCGCAGCGUCCUCCCCGACACUCCCAUGCCAAGUGCCAUUGCUGAUCUAAUAAAGCAUAGCACCAAUGUUGGGGAAGAACUAGCUCUCAGCCAUCCAGCAGUGAAGCCCAUGUCUACGAGCGCUAAACUCCGUUCUUCUUUCUUUCUGGAGAACGACGUGCAUGCGGGUGCCAAGUUUACUUUGCAUUUCCCAGGAACGGGCUCCAGGCCAUCCCUUCUGCCACGCCAAGCGGCCGACUCCAUCCCCUUCACCACCACCAAGCUUCCAGAGAUCCUCGCCCGCUUCUCCAUCGAGCCGGGUUCUCACGAAGCCAAGGCGAUCGAGACAACCCUUGAAGAGUGUGAAGAGCCGGCAAAGUACUGUAAGAUCAAGAAAUGCGCCACUUCACUUGAAUCCAUGCUGGAUUUCACUACAUCGGCCCUGAGAACUCGCGACAUCCACACCGUUUCGACGAGACUCGGUAGGGAGGACUCGCCGGAGCAGCAGUAUAGCGUGGUCGGCGUGCGAAAGGUGACGGGGUCCUCCGAUUGGGUGGUCUGUCAUGUCCAGCCCUAUGCAUACACCGUGUUCUACUGCCACACGAAGGGUAAAUCCAAGGCAUACAUGGUUUCCAUGGUGGGGGUGGAUGGAACGAAGGUGGAGGCGCUGGCCGUGUGCCAUGACUACAAGGAGGGUUCGAACCCGAAGAUCCUGGCCUUCCAAGAGCUCAAAGAGAAGCAACGGACUGGAAACGUCUGCCACUUCCAACCCCAAGACAACAUUGUCUGGAUCGCCAAAAGCUAGGCGAAGCUUCUAUGAGGACUUCUCUUGCUUCCUUGCGUUAUGCGGAUGUCCUGAGGGUAUAUAUCGCGUUGUCUAUGGGCGCUUAUUAGGUGUUAAUGUUUAUCAUGAUCUACAUGAUGACUCUGUUGCUAGUAGAUGCAUCCAUGCAUAUGUUCUAGUUAUUAGAUUAAAAAAAUAAACUCUUAUCCAGUUAGGAUCUUCGAUUGA